UGCAAGGUUUAAAAAGUGUGCAGCCAGUCUGUUCUGGGCUGCUGUGUUUGUGAAGAAGCCCGACUGUGUGCGUGUGUACAGCCGUAAUAGUUGAGCCAUAAUAGAAUAGGCAUUCUUACUGUUUGCUGGGAAGCAAGGACCUUGGGGGAUGCAAUACAGCUGCAGUCAAGGAUAAUAAAAGUCAAAAGGGAAGAGUUUACGUCAUGUACAGCUUCAUUUUCAUCUUUGGCUUGGUGGGCAACGGAUUGGCCUUGCGACGGUUCUGCGGCUCUCCCAAGACAGCCAACAGCACAGCGAUUUACAUGGCUAACCUCUCCGUGGCAGAUCUCAUCUUCGUGGCCUCCUUGCCCCUGCGGAUCUACUACUAUCACCACUCUGCAAAUCGCUGGACCCCAAGCCGUACCUUCUGCCUUCUGACCUUCACCCUCAAGUACAUCAGCAUGUACGGGGGCAUCUUCUUCCUGGUGUGCAUUGGAAUGGACCGCUUCUUUGCUGUGGUCUGCCCGUUGGCAAAGCGGCUGAGGAAGGUACGGACAGCCAGGGCAAUCAGCGUAGGUGUCUGGUGUCUUAUCCUGGUCCUCAGCAUUUCCCUACCAUUCCUGCAUUUCAUGGCUGCCACACGCCACCAGCCCUGCCUGCCUGACCCUUCUUCCAGAAGGAACCGUCUGUUCAUCCUGGUCGUUCUCUUGCUAGUGGAAGCUGCCUUCCUCUUGCCCCUGUUCCUGCUCCUCUUCAGCUACUGCAGCAUCAUCAGGACCCUGCGCCAGCCCUCUCGCCUUGCUCCCAGCAAGCCCUGGGAAGGGCGCACCAUGAGAAUGAUCUACUCCGUCAUCAUGGUCUUCCUUAUCUGUUUCGCCCCCUAUCACCUCAACCUCUUCUGGUUCACCCUCACCAAGGUAGAGCUUGUCCAAAACUGCACCCUGGCCAAGAUCAAUCAGGCACUGCACCCUGUGGUGCUCACUCUGGCCACCAUGAACUGCUGUCUCAACCCUCUCAUCUAUUACUCCUCCAGCAAGAUGUUUCACAAAGAGUCAUCCGCCAGCAGUGGAAGUCAGUGAAGAGACUGGAUGGUGCUUAUGUUAAAGGGUAGUUGUUAAAAAUGGUCAGUGCAUUUACGUUAGCACAUAUUUUACAAGUGAGUAUUCAUUCAUUGUCCCUUCUACAAUUUUAUUCUCACUUACUUCUCAAACUGUUCCACAUUAAAAGAAAAAAGCAGCAUGGCAUUGGCCAUUGAAGCCAGUGCAGUCUUUUUUUCAGAAUUGCAGUUAUAUAGAUAAUAUGAGUUCUAAAACACUGGGGAAAUGUCUGUACUAUUGUCUUAGCAUAUUGUGGCCUUCAAAAUGAUAUCAUUGAUGCAAAUUGUAUUGAAACAGCCAAGCAUUUAUUUUUAGCAUGCAGUAUAAAAAAAAAGAAAAAUCAUUAAAAUGAAAUUAAUUUUGGUUAUGAAUUCACACUUUGAAGCUAGUAUCUCAUUCAAAAGUGAAUUGGGUAAUGGAGCAACUACUGAUACCAGCACAAUUAUAUAAUUACAUUGUCAGUAAUUUGAAAAUGUUUCAACAAAAAGAUAUACAUUUAUGGUUUACAUGCCAAGUGACCUUGACCACAGACCAGCCAUUCAAACUGUCUAAAUUUGGCAUCAUAAGACCCUCAUUUGAAGCAGUGAGCAUAGUGUGUGUAGAAAGAUUUACACAAAAAAAAGUUUAUAUUUAUGGACAGAUCUGAAUCAACAAGGUGUAAUCCAGGUGUUACAGUAGCAAUGGGUAACAAUAUAUAUUUAAAAAAAAAAAAUAAAGUGUGCAAGUAAGGCGGUCUACUUGGCCGUUUCUUGGAAGUGUGAUUGUUGAAAACACAAAUCAGUUCAUGUUCUAUGCAAAUGACUGCCAGGAAAUGAAGAAACACGAACCAGCAAGUCCCAGCUUCACUCAGAUGAAGUGCAUUUUCCACAUAUCUUUAGGUAUCAAGUA